AUGAGUGAAGAAGACGAUGAUUUUGAUGAAGAGGAAGAAGAUAAGGAAGAAAUUGUUGCUGAAGAGGAGGAGGAGGAGGAUGGGGAGGAAUUGAUGGAAAAAUCAAUGAGGGGAGUGAAUGGGAAUAAUGGAACAAAUGACCGAAAACAUUGGACAAAAUCAUCAACGGCGACAACUUCGAAUGAUAAAGACCCAGACAACGAAAUUUCUGUAUUACUACGAAAAAAGCAAGAACGCCUCCGUGAAUUAUUUUAUAAAAGUCGACCGACUAUAGAAACCUUGUAUGCUCGUGUGUUGAAAGAAUAUGCAGUUCAUGAAGCUAUACAUAAAAUGGAUGAAGCUGAUAAUAAGCUUUACAAAAUCGCUUCAAAAUUUGAGAAUACCACAACUUCAUUAAAUCCUGAACAAAGACAAGAAAUGCAAGCAGCAUUGAAAGAGCAUAAUAUUCAAUAUGCUUCAUUUCAUGGACUUAAAAAGUGA